AAGUCAUUUCGUAAGCGAGACAGAGCGAACGCUCGUCACAAACAUGCAAAAGCAUCUUCCCUCCUAGUUAAGAUCGCUCACCGUCAAUCACUCCCUUUCUAAAACUUCAAAACAAAAACAAAAGUUUUUAGUGUGGUGCUCAAACAGCUUUGGACUACCCAUACCCACAUCCGGUUCAUCUUCUCAAAACUGAGAAAAACGAUAUGUGACACUGUUUUUAAAUGUGUAUAUAUUGCGAAGUUGUUAAAUCUUUUCGUUGAUUGGUUUCGUAGCUUAUUUUUAGUUUAGUUUUAUGUGGUCCGUAAAGAACAGUAGUAAUGCUAAGUUAUCGACUGAAGCAGAGCUCAGCGCCGUGUUUCAGCAAAUGGGGAUGAAGCCAGACCACCAUGUACGAUUCGGAGGAGAGGCUCUUGUUGCUCCUAAGGACAACAAUGUGAUAAUUCAACAGUUGGACGAUGACUCUCUUGCCAUACAUCUUGGCUUUUUGCAAGUGGGUCAUCGUUAUCAUAUAAGCAUUUUCCUUUCGCCUGCCAUGUGUCCCAACGGCCCUCUUCAAGGACCUUCCUCUGAUGUCGGUUCUGCUACUGCAGUUUUCAAUCCAAACUGUCAUUUAUUAUCCAUGAGUCAAUGUGAGGAUGGCCGCUGGCAUUUAAACGUAGAAUACUUUGCUCACAAAGAGAAGCUAAUGAAGGAGGACCUCCUUCUGUUGUCCCCGGAUGACAACCACAACAUCAGUUUAAAAUUAACAUUCCACGCAAGAGUUUUAGGCAGAGGAAAAGGGACACCCCUAUUACGCAAUGGCAUCCAUAGCGUCGGUGUGGAGUUGGAAGAUGAAGGUGAAACAUCGGAUUGGCAGGGUUUUGACUAGAAAGUUUUUGUUAUCUUAUCGUCCAAUGUGAUAGGUUUAGGAGUAAUGUGAAUGAAUUCAAACUUGUUUCGAGUAAAAUGAAAGUAUGAUUUGUUUCAUGUUGUCUAGAUAUUAACAUUUAAAAAAUAAUAAUGUAAGUACCCAAAUAGAUACCUGUGACUGCGAGCUUAUUCAAAAAAAUAGAAAUCUCUUGUAAAUACAUAUGUUGAGUGAAAUAUUUUUAUUGUGUAUAUAAAAUGUUUUUAUAUAGUGUGUGAAUGUCCUGCUAAGGCAGUGUAUAGUUUUAGUUAUAUUGUAAAGCAACUCAUUAGAAACAAGAAAUGUUGAAAGGUUGGGUCGUCAUGGAUGUGUACUGGCCUCAGGGUUAUUUGCCUCGUCUUAAUGUUGCACUUGCUGCUGAGACUAAUAACACUGAGGACUAAGUGUGUGUUAAUGCAUGUGAGCUCAUGUGGCUUAGAGGUAUAAAAUAGCUCCAUUUGCCGGCCUAACCAAUUCUGAUAUUGGCCUCACACAGCACUCCAAUUGUUAAACCGAGUUUUUGCAACACAUUCUGUUGAUUCUGUCCUAGUACAAUUCAAAGUUUGAUAAGGAAAUGAUAGAGUGCCUGUAGGUUGAUCAAUGACUCUGAAACAAUUUUUCCAUUUUGAGGUAUUGUUUUCUUGCUCACACAGAGCAGAUUCAAAAUUGAGGAUGAUCCUCUAUUUUUUUUAUUUAUUUAUUUUUCUCCUAUCUCCUUUAGCAGUUGUUUCAAUUUUCUCCAAAGAAACUUUCCAAUGUCCGAUUGAUUGAUCUAUUAGAAAAGAGCACUCUUUUCUCACUCGCCUGGUAGUUCUCUGCCCUCAAAACUUGAUGAUGUACUGGGUUUUUGUGUAUUAAGGCUUUUUUUUAUUUCAGGCUGUGUUCUGCACCUUCUGGUCCUGUGUUUUGCUAGUCAGUCAAUGUUUUCUGUUUUCUCACAUUGAUUUUUAAUUACUACCCUCAUUCAUUGGCCAGGCUUCAGUCUAAACCUGACUUUUCUUUUGUCACUAGUUUGUCUUGUUUGUUUGACUGUUUUUCCUCCUAAAAGUCACAAAUUAUUUGUGAGUGAAAAUAUACUGUUAGUAUGAUUUUAAUUUGAUGCAGAAUAAUAAUUUCAAACAUAUUA